UAAAAGAGGAAACGAAAUCUGGAAGAGGGAGAGAUAUAUAUGGGUGAGGUGCUUCUAUGGAUGAAGGAGACCUGGAAGCAGUAGUUAGAGGCUACUCUAGCUGCUCUGAUGCAUUUUCCGGCAAAAGCUCCGGUGGAUUUUCACCUUCGUUUUGUCUUCCGGUUGAGACAGCUAGUUUAUACGAAGAGGAGAUGGAGACAACCGGUUUAGACGAACUCGGUGUACUCUACAAGCCCUUUUACACUAGCUCCACACAAACCCUCACGAACCCCGUCUCUGUUUCGGAAGAUUCAGGACGUUCCCGAGAUGGUAAGAAACAACGCACACAUGGUUGUCUUCUAGCUAACGGAUCAAGAGUUAAUCGCAUCCGAAUCCCUGAAUCAUGGAAGAGCAGGAAGAACCAACAGAAGAGAGUAGUUGAGCAAGUGAAGGAAGAGAAUCUGCUGUCGGACGCAUGGGCAUGGCGUAAAUACGGGCAGAAACCCAUCAAAGGAUCUCCAUACCCAAGGAGUUAUUACAGGUGCAGCAGCUCAAAGGGGUGUUUAGCAAGAAAACAAGUCGAAAGAAAUCCUCAGAACUCGGAAAAGUUCACCAUAACAUAUACGAAUGAGCACGAUCACGAGAUACCAACCCGAAGAAACUCAUUAGCCGGUACAACCCGAGCCAAAUCUUCCAAACCUAAACCGUCAAUAACCAAAAAAUCAGGAAAGCAAGUGGUUUCGUCUCCCACAAGUAACCCCGUGAUCACAUCCGGUGAUGAAUCGUCUGUCGUGGUUCAAGCCAUGGAGGUUGCAGAAAUGAGUACCUACCAAACAACCGGAGAAAUCGAGGGCACGAGUAACAAUUUACCAACGGAUUUGUCGUCGGAUACGGGACAUAAUCCGAGUGAUUUCGAUGAAAUAUUGAAUAGCCCAGAGUUUAUCAAUGGGUACUUAUGGGAUUACUAGAGAAUGUUAUAUAUUCAAACUUAGAGCAUCUCCGAUGUAUUACUCCAUAUUUUACUU